AUGAAUGUUUAUAAAACUGACUCUAUCAUAGAUAACGAACCAAAAGAUAUAAAUGUUCUAGAAGAGCAUGAUAUAGAACAAUGGAAGAGUAUUAUUGAUCAGAUUUGCGAAUUAAAACAGAAUGAUGGAUUAACAGACGAGGAAAGGGCAGAUAUUAAUUUACAAAAGCAAGCAGAUAAUAUAAGGUUUGGCAAGAUUGUUCCUCUUAUUGAAACAAUAAUUGUUUGGUUUGAUGCAAAAGAACCUGAUCUAAACGUUUUAAUAGACUCGCCAUUGUUCACAGUCAUGAAAGAGUGCAUAAUGCAAGAAAGAAGUAAGGAUCUUACAAAAGUAUCUCUAGAAUUCAUGUCUAAAGUUAUUGACCGACAUCCUGAACUUGUUCCACAGCUGACACUAUCAAAUUUCUUCUAUACGAUCACUGUUCUAUUGACUUUCAGAGAGCACAAGAAAGAUGAGUACAGUAAAUACUUUAUUAAGCAAGGUCUCUUUCUUUUACACACAGGCUGCGCAAAAAGCCAUGAAUUUUGUUUACAGGCUCUAUCUUUCAAUCUUUUAUCGACUAUUUACGAUAUUAUUUGCUGGGUCCUCACAGAUUCAAUGCAAAUCGGAAUUACAUCUUAUGAAAUUGAAGUUCUCAAGGAAGCUUUCGAAUUCUUUGUCAAUGUGGAAUACUGGAUACAAGGAACUCCUAUGACGCCCCUUUCUUUUCCUCGAGAUCAAAAAAUAGAUUUAGCUGAGACAUUCUGGUUAUCUACGGAUUAUCCGCAGCUUGCAGGAUUUGGUUUGCGUGCCAUUUAUCGUUUAACUGCACUUUCACAAGAAUAUUUCGAGAUAUUUAAUUCCCAAAAAAUAUAUCUUGAAAUAUGGAACAAAUUUACACAGAAAUUAUUUAUAGAUGAGAUGUCUUAUAUAUCAUUCUUCAAGCUAAUGCAAGUAAUGCUUCAAAAUGACUGCAUGUUUCCAACUGUCAAUGAAUUUAUAAAUCCUGAUCCAAUCUGGCAGUGCAUUUUGGAGAGAUUUGGCUUUUCUGGAUCGGAAAAGUCAUGUUUGAUCGAAGCUUUUCAAGUUCUUCAGUUACUUUACAAUUUAGACUCGACUCCGCCACCAAAUUUGAAAGAUUGUAUUGGAUCAUGCCAAGCACUUAUGGAAAAUGCUGAUUUUUCUAUGAUUACUGAAAUAAUUUCGGUUGAAUUAAUUAUUUUCUCUAGAAGAACAGCUUCUGAAAUUCUUCCAUACACAGAUCAUAUUUACGAAAUAAUAACUAACAUGGAUUCAGCCUAUCCUAAAGGAAUUUCUGAAGCUUUAGUAGUAAUUGAAAAAUUAUCUCCAUCUCUUUCAAAGAAUGAGAAGUUUGCGGAAGUUGCAAAAGAAUUUCUUGAUGAUGUAGCUGAUCUUGAUGCAUUCUGUGAUAAGGCAACAACAAUUUUAGAAGAAUAUUAUUCGGAAGAAUAA